CAGAACUUACCAUGGUACACCCCGCAAAAAAUCAUUCUGCAUCAAACCUCGAUCGCGAAUAGUAACGUCAGCUCUAUAGCUACAAUCACAAUCAGCCUUACUCGACCCGCCAUAUAAAUAUCCCCUCAGUCUUCGAAUUGGCUCUAAAACCACGAUAGAACCACCACAUUCGACGCGCGCGCUCCAAUGUCUCGAGGUGGUCGAGGAGGUGGCCGUGGUGGACGCGGCGGCGGCAGAGGUGGAAGGCCUAAUGUGCCCUGGGACACAGGCGAUGAACCUGAUGCGCGACCAUCUGAGCUAUUUCCCCCAUACCUCGUCCCUACUCCACGAGAACUCGCCUCGCACGAAAAAGCAGCCGUACAACACUAUCUUCUACUACGGCAUCAAGUCCACGCCUCUCCUCUAUACACAUCCAAGCGCACAGCUCUCAAUGAUCCAACAGCACCCCGCAAACACUACGGCCAGGCACAGAAGAAUGCCCGCUUCGGCAUCAAGAGCAAGGCCUCUUUAGACCCCUUUACCGCCGUGCCUACCUACUCCCAUAAGUUCGUUCGCGAGGAACGUGCUCUUCCAGAUUGGUCCAACCGCCCAGUAUGUCGCGAGCUCUUCCCCAUGGAACUCUACGAAACCAUCGACGCUGCAUCUGCCAACGACGGUGGCCUUCCAGGCGGUUUCAAGCGCCGGAAGUUGGAGCUCAGCAGCGUUAGCGCACUUCCUAGUGCAGAGGAAGCUUUUGGCAUGGGAGGCGAUGGUGAAGAUGAGAUGCAGGGCCGCAAUCUCCUUGAACGGUUACAGGCGCUCAAGGAAGAAGAGGGCGACGAAGCAGGCGAUCUUGAGGACGAAGAAGGCAUGGAAGAGGAAGAGCAGGAUGAAGUUUACGACGACGAAGACGCGGGUGAUUAUGACGCUGAGAAUUACUUUGACGGUGGUGACGAGUUUGACGACUAUGGCGAUGAUGGCGGCGAUGGAGAAGGGACUUACUAGUUGGUCACUGAGUGUUUUCAUAAGGAUAACAAAAAAGAGUAUUUUGGAGAAGGCGCAGCGAUCAUUUGUAUAUAUAUAUAUAUAUAUCACGGCACACCAUUGGUUUGAUACCCAAGCCCGCCAUCUUCGUGGUCGUGGCAGAUAAUGAACUUGACAGAUUUGGAUCAACCUCGCGAUGUUGGUCUUGUAUCCCAGUGAAGCUCAAACCAUGAGAUUUUUGGGUAUUGUCAGAUGUUCUUUAACCCCCCUCCCCGAUUCUCAACAGUGUUAGC